AUGAGUGGCUUUAUAAACAAAUUAUUUGACUUCUGUAAAGAAAUAAAUCCAGCUACUUUGACUGGGUCCAUCGAUGUUGUCAUCAUCCAGCAAGACGAUGGCACAUAUCACUGUUCUCCAUUCCAUGUACGUUUUGGGAAAAUUGGUGUUCUUCGAGCCAGAGAAAAAGUUGUGGACAUCACAAUCAAUGGCAAACCUGUAGAUCUUCAUAUGAAACUGGGAGAAGCAGGUGAAGCCUUCUUUGUCCGGGAGGUUGAAGGACCUGCUGAAGAAUUUCCUCCAUACCUGGCUACAUCGCCAAUUCCAUCUGGGGCAGAGUUGAUGAAGCAACAUUUGCAGUCUGAAAGCCGUUCAAUUUCUGAUGAAAACUCUACUGGGGAUGGACGAACACUAUCUGAAAUAUCUGGUGGUCAUGUCUUGUCUUGCAUCAUUAGUGGGCGAGAGAGCUCUCCUGAAGGUGGCACCAGUGAGAGUGAAGGACAUGGCCAUACCAAGAAACGAAAGAAACGAAAAAACAUGAGGCGCAAGACAGUCAGCAAGGCUGUUGAUGGCAAAAAACACAAUGAGGAAGACAUCUUUGAAAUGGAGGAUGUCUCCACUGAUGAAGACUGUAAUUUGAUUCGAAACCCCUCUUUGAAUUCUAUUACCGUGGAGGAUAAAAUGAAUCGUACAGAUGAUUGGGCCAGCAAACAGUAUCAGUAUUUUCAUCCAAUGAGUGACACUGAAGUCUUACCACAUGAUUUACAAGAUGAUAAUAUCAAGGAUGUAAAAAGUGACACAGAAGUUGACAAAUCCCACAAAACCAGUUUAACCUCUGAUAUGAUAGAAGAUCAACCAACAUGGGAAUGGGGUGACCUUCCAAAGCUCACAGAAGCUACAACAGUGACCAGUAGCUCGAGCCCAGUUACUACCAGUGGAAAGCCAGGAGAGUCUGAAGCUGGAGGCAUUUUUGGUUUUAUUAGUAGUAAACCAAAGACAACAGCACCUAACAAACCACAUCAGGAAGGUAUAUAUUUGGAAGAGAUUAACAAAUUGGAUGAUCCUGAAAUUGCAAAGUAUUUUCCUAAAAGCCAUUUUGAAUCCAUCAAGGACAAAGAAGAGGAUAAUGAGUCUGGGCGUGGAGCUUCUCUCCCCCAAUCCCCCCACUCUGUGGAGGGAGCAAUUGGGGGUCCAUCGGUGAAUUUCCUUGAGUCUGAAGUCAGACAUCUGGGAGAGGUCUCUCUCUCCUUGUGCGGAGGAUUAGGAGACUCUGAAGGAGUCACCCUGGAAAAAUUCAUGCAAAAAGUGCUUACAUUUGACGACCUCUCUGAGACUCCAACUAUUGUCAACAAUCCAGAUCUAGUUGUCAAAAUACAUGACAAUUUUUAUAACUGGCAAACUGCUGCACCAAUUGUUCUGUCAAUGGUUUCCUUUCAGAAAAAUCUACCUCAGCCAGUUGUUGAUAAUUUAGUCAAAGACAAUAUGCCAAAGAAAGUUGACAAAAAGAAGAGUGGUGGGGGUAUGAGCUCUUGCCCAGCUGUAACUGUGACGGGAGGGGCCAUUACAAAUCCAACUUCUACUGCAACCAGUGGAGGAUCAUUACCUUCCCAGCCACAAAUCAUGUUGACGUCAUCCAGUCUACCAGAAGUCUCCCAUAUGAUGGAAGAUAUCAUGGUACCUAAACCAAAGGAAGAUCACAUCAUUGAUGUGGAUGGAGUAACCUCAGAGCCUUUGAUCUACAGUGAUGCAGAAACCGACAUAUCUGAACGUGAGUGUGCACAAUCAGGUACUGCUUCAAAUUCCUCUGAACCGCAAGCAUCAAGUGAAACCAAAAAAGACAGAUUUAAGAAAUCUUUACGUCUCACAUCUGUGGAAAUUCAUAAACUUGGCCUGAAUGAAGGUCAAAAUGAAGUCACAUUUUCUGUAACGACUCAGUAUCAAGGUACUUGCCGUUGUACGUCCCACAUCUAUCUUUGGAAGACUAAUGAAAAAAUUGUUAUUUCUGAUAUUGAUGGAACAAUUACCAAAUCUGAUGUACUUGGACACAUUCUGCCAAUUAUUGGUCAAGACUGGUCUCAAAGUGGUGUGGCACAACUUUUCACACGGAUUUAUGACAACAGCUACAAAUUUGUCUAUCUAAGUGCUCGUGCUAUAGGACAAUCCCGAAUAACCAAAGAUUUACUUAAGAAUAUUAAACAAGGCGACCUCGUUCUUCCAGAUGGUCCAUUGUUACUUAACCCUACAUCUCUUAUUCGUGCUCUACACAGGGAAGUGGUUAACAAAAAUCCUGAAGAAUUUAAAAUUAGUUGCCUCAAAGAUAUUGCUGCUUUAUUCCCUAGUAAUCCAUUUUAUGCUGGCUUUGGAAAUAAAAUCACAGAUGUCUAUGCUUAUAAAGCCUUAAACAUUCCUGACUCUCGUAUCUUCACCAUUAAUCACCGUGGAGAACUUCGACAUGAACUGAUUCGCACCUUCCAUUCCUCGUAUUCCCGUUUGAGUGAUAUUGCAGACCAUUUCUUUCCCCCGCUCCACCAGACAGACAAAGGCAGUCAGGUACACAAAGAUCAGCAAGUGGCUAUCGAGUACAGCAGCCCCAUCUACUGGCGGGAACCCAUUGUAUCACUUUCAGAAACUGAGAUCAACAAAUUUAAAGACAUGACCAAGCAGAAAACCAAAGAUUCUGUCAAGCAGAAGAGGUGA